CCGCCGGCACGGCCCGCCGCCGCACGGAGCUGCCGCCGCGCAGGACACUGAAAACCAUAAAAGUUUGAUUAAAAAGAAAAAAUGCCCAGAAAGAGUAUAAACUAUGGAGUGCUGCCGGAGUAUGAGAAAAGCCAGAUCAAAAGGACUUUGGAGCUGGGAACUGUUAUGACAAUAUUCAGUCUUAAAAAGAGUAGCCCAGAAAGAAGGACUAUUCAAGUCAUAAUGGAAACCAGGCAGGUUGCAUGGAGCAAGACAGCUGACAAGAUUGAAGGUGUCUUGGAUCUGAUGGAAAUAAAAGAAAUUCGCCCAGGGAAGAAUUCAAAGGACUUUGAACGUUGCAGAGCAAGGCACAGAGAAGAACACUGCUUUACUAUAUUUUAUGGCACCCAGUUUGUCCUCAACACCUUAAGUUUAGCAGCUGACUCUAAGGAUGAUACUGAUAAAUGGUUGUGUGGCUUGAAUAUCUUGUAUCAAGAGGUCAUGAGUGCUCCCACACCUGCCAUCACAGAGAGCUGGCUGAGAAAGCAGAUCUAUUCUGUGGAUCAAAGUAGAAGAAAUAGUAUCAGUCUUAGAGAGCUGAAAACUGUCCUCCCCCAAGUGAACUUCAAAGUGAGCAGCAUGAAGUUCUUAAAGGAUAAAUUUGCGGAAAUAGGUGCUCAAAAGGAAGAGCUUACUUUUGAACAAUUUCAUUUGUUCUACAAGAAAGUCAUGUUUGAACAACAGAAAUCGAUUCUUGAUGAAUUCAAAAAGGAUUCCUCUGUGUUCAUUCUUGGAAACACUGACCGUCCAGAUGCUUCAGCAGUUCACCUCCACGACUUUCAGAGAUUCCUGCUACACGAGCAGCAGGAAUCUUGGGCACAAGAUCUCAGUAAAGUCCGAGAACGAAUGACAAAGUUUAUUGACGACACUAUGAGAGAAACUGCUGAACCUUUCCUCUUUGUUGAUGAGUUCCUUGCUUACCUUUUUGCAAAAGAAAACAGUAUUUGGGAUGAGAAAUAUGAUUCAAUAGAUGUGCAGGAUAUGAAUAAUCCUUUGUCCCACUACUGGAUUUCUUCCUCUCAUAACACAUACCUGACAGGAGACCAGCUUCGAAGUGAAUCCUCCACAGAAGCCUACAUCAGGUGCCUUAGAAUGGGAUGUCGAUGUAUUGAGUUGGAUUGCUGGGAUGGUCCUGAUGGGAAACCCAUCAUUUACCAUGGAUGGACACGGACAACAAAGAUCAAGUUUGAUGACGUAGUACAGGCAAUCAAAGAUCAUGCCUUUGUUACAUCUGAAUACCCAGUCAUUCUGUCAAUCGAGGAGCACUGCAGUGUGGAGCAGCAGCGACACAUGGCCAAAGUGUUCAAGGAGGUAUUUGGGGAUCAGCUUUUAGUGAAGCCUGUAGAAGCCAGUGCAGAUCAGCUUCCAUCACCAACCCAGCUGAAACAGAAAAUCAUCAUCAAGCACAAAAAACUGGGGCCAAAGGGAGACAUUGAUGUGAACUUGGAAGACAAGAAAGAAGAAAAGAAGCAGCAAGGAGAACUUUACAUGUGGGACACAAUAGAACAGAAAUGGACUCGGCACUACUGUGCUAUUGCUGAUGAAAAGCUUUCAUUCAGUGAUGAUAUAGAACAGAAUGCUGAUGAAGAUUCAUCAAAGGAGGUGAAACGUACUGAACUGCACUUAAAAGAGAAAUGGUUCCAUGGGAAAAUGAAAGGGGGGAGAACAACUGCUGAGAAACUGCUCCAGGAAUAUUGUGCUGAAAUGGGUGGCAAGGAUGGGACGUUCCUAGUCAGGGAAAGUGAAGCUUUCCCUGAUGAUUACACCUUGUCUUUCUGGAGGUCGGGGAGAGUCCAGCACUGCCGGAUCCGUUCCACAGGUGAUGGGGACACUGUGAAGUACUACCUGACAGACAACCUCACCUUUGACAGCAUCUAUGAUCUCAUCCAGCACUACAAGGAGGCCCACCUGCGCUGUGCUGAGUUUGAGCUGCGCCUGACUGAUGCUGUGCCUAAUCCCAGCCCUCAUGAGACUAAAGAUUGGUACUACAGCAACUUGAGUCGGGGCGAGGCAGAAGACAUGCUCAUGCGAAUUCCUCGAGAUGGAGCCUUUCUGAUUAGGAAGAGAGAUGAACCUGACUCGUUUGCCAUGACUUUCAGGGCGGAGGGGAAGGUGAAGCACUUCCGAAUUCAGCAAGAAGGUCGUCACUUUGUGCUGGGAACCUCGGCCUACUUUGAGAGCUUGGUGGAGCUGGUGACAUACUACGAGAAGCACCGGCUGUACAGGAAGAUGAAGCUGCGGUACCCGGUGACGGAGGAGCUGCUGGAGCGCUACUGCACGGAAAAAGAUAUUAAUUCCCUCUAUGAUGUCAAGAUGUAUGUGGAACCCAGUGAAAUCACCCCCACAGUGCCCCAGAGAACAGUGAAAGCCUUGUAUGACUACAGAGCCAAAAGGAGUGAUGAACUGAGCUUCUCUCGAGGAGCUUUAAUUCAUAAUGUCACAAAGGAAACUGGAGGCUGGUGGAAGGGGGAUUAUGGAGAAAAAAUCCAACAUUAUUUUCCAUCUAAUUAUGUUGAAGACAUGUCAUCUGAUAACUCUGCUGAGCUUGAGAAUCAGAUUAUUGAGGACAACCCCUUAGGGUCUCUGUGCCGUGGCAUUCUGGUGCUCAAUACGUACAACGUUGUGAAAAUGCCACAAGGGAAGCACAAAAAGCCUUUUGUCUUCAUUCUGGAACCCAAGAAUCCAGAAGAUCCUUGUGUUGAGUUUGCAACCGAUAAAGUAGAAGAACUCUUUGAAUGGUACCAAAGUAUCCGUGAAAUCACUUGGAAAACUGCAGAAGAGGAGAACAGAAGGAAAUACUGGGAAAAGAAUCAAUUAAUUGCUAUUGAAUUAUCUGAUCUGGUAAUCUACUGCAAACCAACGAGCAAAACCAAGGACAAUUUAGACAAUCCUGAUUUCAAAGAAAUCCGUUCUUUUGUGGAAACCAAGGCAGAGAGCAUUGUGAAGCAAAAACCAGUUGAGUUGUUGAAAUACAACCUGAAGGGACUGACACGUGUCUAUCCUAAAGGACAGAGGGUCGACUCAUCCAACUACGACCCAUUUCGCCUCUGGCUUUGUGGCUCCCAGAUGGUGGCUCUUAACUUCCAAACUCCAGAUAAAUACAUGCAAUUGAACCAUGCCUUGUUUUCACUUAAUGGACGCACUGGCUACGUCCUGCAGCCAGAGAGCAUGAGGAAUGAGGACUAUGACCCAAUGCCAAACGACUCGAAGAGGAAAUUGCAGAUGAUUAUGACAGUGAGGGUUUUGGGUGCUCGUCAUCUCCCUAAACUCGGUAGAAGCAUCGCUUGUCCCUUUGUAGAGGUUGAAAUCUGUGGGGCUGAAUAUGAUAACAGCAAAUUCAAGACAACAGUUGUGAAUGACAAUGGCCUGAAUCCAGUUUGGGCACCCUGUGCAGAGCAAGUGAAAUUUGAGAUUUACGAUCCAAACCUGGCGUUUCUGCGCUUUGUUGUUUACGAGGAGGACAUGUUCAGUGAUCCCAAUUUCUUAGCACACGCCACUUUUCCCAUCAAAGGAAUCAAAUCAGGUUUCAGGGCAGUCCCUCUCAAGAACGGCUACAGUGAAGAUAUCGAGCUGGCCUCGCUUCUGGUUCACUGUGAAAUGCAGCAAGUUCUGGAGAGUGAAGAAGAGCUUUAUUCCUCCUGUCGGCAGCUUCGGAAGCGCCAGGAGGAGCUUAACAACCAGCUGUUCCUUUAUGAUACCCACAUGAAUUUAAGGAAUCCUAACAGAGAUGCAAUAUUGAAGGAAUUCAGUGUGAAUGAGCACAAACUACAGAUAUAUCAAGAGACGUGUAACCGCAGAUUAAAGGAGAAGAAAGUCAGUAACAGCAAAUUCUACUCUUAAAGGCCAUCAUUCUUUAAGGCUGCUUUAUGGUGCGAUUCAGGAAGAGAUUAAUUUGUCCUGGUCAUCCUACUCAAUGCUGGUCUCAUCAGAUGGAAUGACUGGAAGAAGAGGAGGAAGAGGAACGAUGGGUUUCCUUGAGAAUUUCUUAUUAUAAGAAAAACUGGUUUAAUUCCUAAUAAUUUAUAUUCUGUACAAAGCAUAUCCUCUGUGCAAGCCAGAGCUUCUGUGUAUUCAAGAUUUUUAAAACUUGAGGACAUGUAGUUGGAUAGACCUCACUUCUUAUUAUCAAUACCUGAAGUACAACUCAUCUCCUAUAUUUGUGUAUGCAGGCUGUAGAUAAGACAUUCACAACCACUUUCAUGCAUGGAAUCACACCACUUUAACAACCUGGCUCCUCAAGAUUAACUAGCAGUGAGUUUUUAAUUUAUUAAAUGCUGUAAAAGCACUUCUACACCAGCAUUGUCACCUCAUGUAUGUUACAGUCCCUGGGGAUUGUGCUUCUGAUACUGUAUAAAAUAUUUUGGGCAGCUGAUAGCUUGUACCUUAUUGUCUCUUAUUAAAAGUUUUCUGUUGCAUUUUUGAGAACAAGAUAAUAUGUUAAUUUUGUUGAAAGCAAAUAGCCUUUUGUCACUGUAGUUGUGUUCUUCCUGUUGAACUCUGUAAAGGUUUAAGAAAGGAGCAAUGUGUGAACCUCUGUUCACAGCCCCUAUGAACUUAUGUCACAGCCUCAAGGCACUGGAAGGAAAAGUUUUAAGAUAUGCAGUAGGAGAUAUCUGUUUGUUUGCAGCAAGGGAAGGUAUUUGAAAUUCUGAGUAGCAUUUAAUUUGUAUAGUAUCAUUUUUGCAGAUCCUUUCAGCUGCUAAUGUGCUUAGAAAUGAAUUUUUAAAUGAACUGUCAAUUUUUAAUCUUGCAAUUCUACUUAGACGAUAGUCAAAUGAUAGUGUUCUGUAAAUGCAGACCAUUUUCCCAAAAUGUAACUAAUCCAAGAAUGAUAGUGUGCACAAAUGUAGAGGUACAUCAUUCUUGUGCCUUUAAUCAAAUCAAGAGCAUGGAGCUACAGAUGAGAAAACCUGUUAGAUUAGCAAGUGCGUUUUCCUGCCAGAGCAGAACUAAAGUCCUUUGAUGGAAUAUUUAACAGCAGUUGUCAUAAUUUGUGUAUGUGUUGGUCCUUUGUGCUAGCACUGUUUUACUGCUAUCAAAUUUCUAGUUGCCUUAUCUCUGCAUGGGUGGAGUUUUGCUGUCUAUGUUCCCGACUUCAGCUUUCAAAUGUGUGCAGAGGAGUUUAGUUGUCAGCCUGAAUGGCUGCCUGAGGCAUCAGAUGCUGCAUACAUAGUGCUGUAUUUCUGAUCACAGAGGACUUGCUUGGAUUUGGGAUUCAUGGCCUGAUGCAGCUGCCUCAGCAAUUUUCAGUUUCUCUUGCUCCCCACGCUGUGACUUCUGUUGUUUGAAGAGGCUCUUAAUUGAUGCCAUUGUGCAUUCACAGAUGAUGGUUUGAGGAACCCCCUUGAGGUUUUAGCUGUUCUGUAAAGACAGUCUUGUCUCAAAGUUGAAAGUAUUAUAAUAGUGUAUCCCACAAUGGGGUGGCUUUUGUAAAUUUUUUAUUAUAAAGAAAUUAAUUACUAAUCACUCAGCUGAAAAACAGAGCAAAGUUAAAGGCGACUCUCUGCUUUUCAUCCUCCUGCCUGAAAUCUCUUCAGUACCCACCUGUGAUUGACCUGUUCAAGGACUAGAUGGGUGCAAACCUCCCUCAGACAAAGCAAAAAAUCACAUCAACAGUAGAUUUGGGAGGUGGAGCUGUAGCCUAGGCUGCUGUAUAAAGCUGGUCUUACCUGCAGUAUCCAGGUCUAGUGAGGUGAUCCAGUGCUGUCCCUCGAGGUGGGGGGUCACCUUUGGUGUGCACAUAUUCUGCAGCAUGUUCCAGGAUGUGCUUAGUUUGUCAUAUGAUCAGUUCCUGUGCUAUAUAUUUCAGUCAACAGCCUCUAUGAUUGCUAUGUAGUCCUGUGAGAACUCUGUGUUGUCAGUGUUGAUCAGACAAGGUGGCCCAAAGCCUUGUCUGGAAGGCCCUGAGGUUGUCGCUGCUGUAGGAUGAGAUUCAUGGGCAGCCGGCUACCAGCAAGGUUUGGACUGAUCACAAAAACUAGACUACAAGAUGCCAGAGCUUAGGAAACUCAGACCUAGAGAUGGAGGCUGUUGCUGUGGUGAGGUUUUUGUUCUGUUUGUGGGCACUUCUUCUAAAGCUCAAUUCCAGAGCAGACACAAGCAAACUGUCCCUUCGUCCUGGCUUCCUUCGUUGGUAUUCCUGACACAGGACAACCAUUGUGUGAUAGACACAGGAGUUCCUUGUGCUGUUGUUGUGCAAAUAUUUAAGAAUUAGCACAUUUUGUAGUCCUUUAAAAAGUCCUGUGCACAUUCUCCAUGCAUAUGUGAUGUCAGAAGUUAUGAGGCACUCCUUCAGUAUUUAUGAAAAUGCAUUUUGUUUUACAGUAAGACUUUUCCCCAGAGUAUGAUGUUACACUGUAUGCAGAAUGAAAAUACUGUUUUGACUGUUUUGUUGAUUUGCUAAUGAUGGGCAAGGCUGUAUUCUAACUCUUCCUUGGUUUCUUGCAUUCUGUUUUAAUCCAAGAUCUCACCUCUCAGUUCUUUGUCAGGGCAGACUCUGUAGCAACUUUUUCACAAUUGCAACUGUUUGAAUACCAAAGUAAGUCUGAAUGUGUGUGCUAAUUUUUUAAUCCAGGAGGAAAAACAUUUAUAAAUUUUUGAAGUUAACAAUUGUUAAAUUGUUAUAUUCUUAUCGGAACUGUUUUAAAUCACUGAAAUAACUUAUUAAAAUAAAUAAUUUUUGAUAUCUCAGCUGUG